AUGGACAAGUUGUACGAGACGUUGAUAAACAUGGAAGACGCUUUGGGUUCGGAGCACUCCGUCUGCUUAUCAUCCUGGGACUGGAAAAGCAGCACCGGGUCUUUCGAGCCGCACUCCACCUCUUCUCCGCACAGCUUGUCCCCAACACCUUCCUUCGAAUCCUACUCCUCGUCCCCUUGCCCAGCGGUGACGGAGACCCCCUACAGCAGCGGUGACAGCCUGGUGGGCUACAGCCUGGUGGACUUCCCCGCCGCCUACCUGCCCAGCCCCGGGCAGGCUCGGCUGCCCAAGGGCACCAAGGUGCGGAUGUCUGCCCAGUGCAGGAGGAAGGCCAGCGAGAGGGAGAAGCUGCGGAUGAGGACCCUGGCCGACGCGCUCCACACGCUGCGCAACUACCUGCCCCCCGUCUACAGCCAGAGGGGACAGCCCCUCACCAAAAUACAAACCCUGAAGUACACCAUCAAGUACAUCAGCGAACUGACGGAGCUCCUCAACAGUGUCAAGCGGGCAUAG